GAAUCAAUUGAGGAGAACGCCGUUCUGGAGCGCAUUCCACUAUCAACGCUGACAAUGUUGGAACGGUUGCCUCCAGAACAGAAAGAACGAUUGGACAUGGCCAGAGUGCUACCUCAAGCUCGACCUUCAGAUAGCAAAGACAAUGCUGGCCAAAUUGACUCCUACCCGCCAACAAAACUCACUAUUCGACUACUCCCUGUGGGAUCCACUCCUGCAAUCACCCCCAAAGUGCACACAAUCUCGUCCACCCAAAAGAUCUCCACCAUCGCCCACUUUCUCGGCAGAAAACUCCGUCACAAGGGACCUAUUUACAUGUACAUCCAGAACUCUUUCCAACCAACACCUGACGAAACGCUUGGGAAUUUGCACACGCUUUUCAAAACCAACAACGAACUCAUAAUAAGCUACUGCUACUCGGUUGCAUUCGGGUAA